GCUGCCCGGAGGGGGCAGCAGCCCCUACCCACACCCUCAAAACGACGCCGUUUUGAGGGUAAACUGCUGGUCUCUGGUAAGGGCCCUGUUUGGCACAUCUUUUUCCCUAAAUGUUUCCCCCCAAAUCUCUCUCUAAUCGUCUGCUAGCAUCUCCCGCCAAUGGAUUCCCCCAUUCUCUCUCACCGACUCCAGUUCCUCCUUCUCCCUCAUCAACUGUGGUUGCUUCUUCAUCUUCAUUUCCUACUGCUUCUGAACGAUCCACCGACGCCGAACCGCCGCAAGCCGCCGAAACAACCACUAAGAUUUUCAUACUUGUUUAUUGUUGAAAUGGAGGAAGAUAGAGUUGAGGGGUCUAUAGAACAUAGUGAAGAGUUCGUAAACGAAUGUACACCGUGUAUUGGUAUGGAGUUUGAGUCAGAAGAUGCUGCGUAUCGAUUCUAUUGCGAAUACGGACGGAUUCUAGGGUUUUGCGUUCGAAAAGACUACAUAUCAAAAAGCAAGACGGACGGUGUGAUGAUUAAUAGAAAGUUUGUUUGUAGUAAGGAGGGAGUAAAAGGAGUGGAUAAACGAACUCAGACGACAUCACUAGGUAGACUAGAGACAAGAAUUAAUUGCAAAGCAUUUUUGUACAUAUCACUUGAUCGGGCUUCAUUGAAAUGGACUGUGAAAAGAUUUGAUGAGACUCACAAUCACUUGUUACAUAUUCCUGAAACUGUCCAUAUGAUGAGGAAUCAAAGAGGAUUGACUGAGUCACAAGGUAUAACUGUUGAAAUUGCUGAGGCUACCGGGUUACCUCUUAAGUUGUCACAUGAUCUCAUUAGUGCCCAAUCAGGAGGGAAGGAAAACGUUGGGUUCAUGCGAGAGGAUAUUAAAAGCUACUUGUGUGCGAAAAGAGGAAGGGAUUUACAAUAUGGUGAAGCAGGGGCUUUGUUGAGAUAUUUUCAGAAACAAACAAUUGAUAAUCCUUACUUCUUUCACGGAAUGCAAUUGGAUGUAAAUGAGAUGAUAACCAAUAUCUUUUGGGCGGACCAUGAGAUGAUAAGAGAUUAUGGACUCUUUGGGGAUACAUUGUCUUUUGACACGACUUUUAGAACUAAUAAAGAGUUUCGACCGUUGGCUAUUUUUACCGGCUUUAACCAUUUUCGUAUGACGGUGAUUUUUGGUGUUGCAUUGAUGUAUGAUGAAACAAUCCCAUCAUUUGUGUGGUUAUUCAAAAAAUUUUUAGAAGCAAUGUCGGGGAAGAAGCCUUUCACAUUUUUUACCGAUCAAGAUCAAGCAAUGGCUAACGCGAUAUCUCAAGUUAUGCCGGAUGUGAAACACGGAUUGUGUACAUUUCACAUUAAUCAAAAUGCAAUGAAGCAUUUAGGCUACUUGUAUGGGGAAGAAUCCACAUUUGGUAGUGAUUUCAAUGCGUGCAUGUUUCUCUAUGAAGACGAAAAGGAAUUAGAAGAAGCUUGGGAAUCUUUGCUUGAAAGUUAUAACUUGAAAGACAAUGAGUGGAUGAACAAAACUUGGGAACUUAGAAGGAAGUGGGCACAUGUGUACAUGAAGUUGUCUUAUAAUGCAGGGAUGAGAAGCACUCAACUUAGUGAGAGCUUGAAUGCCAAAUUGAAGAAACACUUAAAGUCCAACCUCCAUCUUGAUCAAUUCUUAACACAACUUGAUAAAGUUGUUUUUGACAAGCGGUACAAUGAAAAAGAAGCAGCACACGGCUCUAGAGAAAAGAUGGUUAGAUUAAAGUAUCCAAGUUGUCCAAUGUUACUUCAUGUUUCCAAAUUGUACACUCCUCCUAUUUUCGACUUGUUCCACAAAGAGUUAGACAUCUCCCUUGGUUGUAAAGUGAUACAAUGAAAGGUGUUGGGAGAUGAAAUUAGAUGUGUGAUUCAAAAGCAUGGACAAGAAAGAGAGUAUGUUGUGUUAGCUAGUGUGGAACUUGAUGCAUUGGGAGCUAAAACUUUUGGAGGAGUUCGUUGUAGUUGUCGAAAAUUUGAGAGCUUUGGAAUUCUAUGUGGUCAUGCAAUCAAAGUGCUCUUGCUAAUGAAUGUCAUGGAAAUACCUGAAAAAUACAUAUUACCCCGAUGGAGGCUAGAUGCAAAGAGUUGUUCAUCUAAGGGAAAAGAAGUUAUGGUGGAGGAGACUGAUCGGAAGUUUGUAAUAUCGGCGCGGUAUAGGCAUCUUUGUCCUAAAAUGGUGACAUUAGCGGCUCGGUCAUCUGAAGAUGAUGAAGCAUAUAGGUUGGUGGAGGAUACUAUUACGAGUUUGGGAGUGCAAGUGGAGAAUAUCUUUCUUUCCAAACAUGGCCACGAUGCGUCAAGUAGUGGAGCCGACAUUGACAUGGGAAUAGAUUCGAUCGAUCCUACUUUAAAACAUGCAAAGGGUUUGAAAAAGAAAUUCACAGACCGUGCAAGGAAGGGUGGUAGAAGACUAAAGCCUUGGUAUGAGAAGUUGAAAAAAAGGGCAAAAGGUGUUCCACAACCUCAGUUCAGUCAGGGCGUUGAACAAUCCGGCUCCAAGGAUGACGGAACACCCUAUUAUCCACAAACAGCACAUUUAUUAACUCAAGCAUCUUCUAGUUCACAAAUUUCAGAGGAGAUGGAAUUUGAUCGAGCAGGACAUAUUACCAUUGAUGGAUCAAUCCAAACAGCCAUGGAGACCGAGUCAUUCUUCCAUAAUGAAGGGUUCAUUGAUUUUAUGAUCAAUCCACAAUCACCCUCACUUUAUUGACUCUAGAUGUGAGAGGAUGAAUAUUAGAUUGUGUUCUUUUCAAUUUUGGAACUUUAGUUGUGGUCGCGCUUUUUGGGGUAACACGAUGAAUAUGAGAUCGUGUUCUUUUGAAUUCUGGAUUAUGGGAUUCAGAUUGUGAAGAAUUAUAUUUAUGAUUGGGAACCUAAAUGUGGAGAUUCAGUUUUUCUCAUGGGAUUCCAGUACAAAUUUCCGAUUAAUGGG